CAGGAAACGCGGCACGCUGGCCGCGCCCCCACCCUUCGCUGGGAGCCCCUGAUUGGGUCCCCCGCAAUCUGCCCUCUGCAGCCCGCUCCCCUCCGGGGAAGCGAGCCCAGCCGAGAGCCGGCUGCCCAGCCCCUGAGCAAGGUUUAAAACGGGCAAGUUUUGUUCCGGAGACCCACCGCCCCGCCCCCCAUGACUUUAGCUUCGCUGCCGGGAGGAGAGCCGACCUGCGAUUUGGGACUUUGAGGAGCUGGUCUUGAACUUGAUGAGUAAACCUUUGCAUGUUCUGAACGAAUGGAUCGCCUGUCUAACAAAUUCUACUUCCUAAUGCAAACUGUACGGAGACCAGUUGUUUCAUAUGGAAUUAAUAUAUGUGAUCAAUCGUACCAUUUUAAAAAAUGCUCUGCAUCCCACCGCAUCCUAGCAGGGGCCCAGGCCCCUGGUGGGUGGAAAUGUAGUCUUCUCUUCCGGAUCACUAAAUGUGGUAAGUUCUAGCCCGCUCGGCGGGGAUAAAUCUCAACUCCCCGCCUGGUUUGUUCUUUGUGAGGGGAGACUGACUCCCUCGGUCCGCAGCGGAGGGCUCCGGACCGCCCGGCCUCCGCCCCGCCCCUGCCCGGCCUGGCCGCCUCGCCGCGCCGCGCCUCUCCGCAGGAGCAAUUCCCGGGCUGCAGGAGCGGAGACUCGGAGUCUGUUCCGCCUCCUCGGCGAGGUCUCCAGGGCCGAGAGAGGAAGAGAGUCGCGAGGAGGUGAAGGCACGCGCGUUCGCACGGUGGCUCAGGUUGGAAUGCGCGCUGGGGCCGGGGAGGCACGGCUGGAGCAGCCACUGGUCCGGAGCGCGCCCGGCCCGGCGUCGGGAAGCUGGGACCGCCCUACCCGCCGCGGGUCAGGGCUGCCCGCCGCCCGAGAGCGCGGUGGGGAAGGAGGCGCGUUCCCUCUCCGGAGCGCCUUUGUUUGCUCGGGCCUGCGGGCGGGCGUUUGGCGACCGUGACCCCGGGCCGAGCCUCCGCCCAGGUGCAGCAGGUAAGCUGGGGGGCCCGGAGCUCCGGCGGGGUGAAGUGUCCCGGGGCCGGGCGGGUCCCCUUUCCUCGGAGCUCCCGCGAGGCGGCCGCCGCGCCGCGAUGCCGAAACCGGCCGGACCCGGGAGGAGAACAGCGAGCCCUGCAGGCCUCCGUUUCCGGCUGGUAGCCCCCAACCUUGUAGCCACACCUAGGCUGCAGCGGUGAAUUCGGGUAGAAAUGCUGUGUCGUGUUGGGAGUUGGGAAACCGCCAGACUAGGGAAGCUUUCGGUCCAGAUUCAAGGUUGCACCGGAACAUUUUCUUACUCUGUUAGGGGAUCUACACUGGAAACAUCUCUGAAGCCCUCUCAGCAUCCCGUCUGUGGCCUACUACACAGUUGCACUUAACUUUCACAAAAAGGAGUACACAGAAUAGCUGCGUAAGGCCAAUCCCGAACUUAAUGAAGGAUGUCAGAGUGGGAGCAUUCUGAUGUGCCAGUGUCCUCAUUCUGCAAUGUGUUCCGUUUUCUCCCCUUUCCGAAAAAAAUGGUAUUAAAAUAUUUUGUGAAAUAAGAAGCUCCUUUUACAUUUUUAAUGACCAACACGGACAUCUGUUCUACAGAAUACAAAGUCCUAUGGUCUUGAAGAAGGAAGCACCCAUUUAAAACUGACCCUAAAUGAAAACAGACCUGAAUGGACGUCAGAAUGUUUGUUAGUGGCAGGAGAGUAAAAAAAUGGCAAUUUAUUCAGUUAUUUGCCACUUGUUUUGUGCUAAGCCUCAUGUUCUUCUGGAUAUCGAUCGAUAACCACAUCGUGAGCCAUAUGAAGUCCUACUCUUACAGAUACCUCAUAAAUAGCUACGACUUUGUGAAUGAUAGCCUGUCUCUUAAGCACAGCGAGGAUGGGGCUCCUCGCUACCAGUACUUGAUUAACCAUGAGGAGAAGUGUCAAACACAAGACGUCCUGCUCUUACUGUUUGUAAAGACUGCUCCUGAAAACUACAAUCGCCGUUCUGCCAUUAGGAAAACAUGGGGCAAUGAGAAGUAUGUUCGCUCUCAACUUAACGCCAACAUUAAAACUCUGUUUGUCUUAGGAACACCUUCUGACCCACUGACAAGAGAAAGACUUCAAAGAAGACUGGUUUGGGAAGAUCAGAUGUACAAUGAUAUAAUUCAGCAAGCCUUUGCUGAUUCUUUCUAUAAUCUUACUCUUAAAUUUCUUCUGCAGUUCAGUUGGGCAAAUAGCUUUUGUCCACAUGCCAAAUUCCUUAUGACUGCUGAUGAUGACAUAUUUAUUCACAUGCCAAAUCUUAUUGAAUACCUUCAAAGUUUAGAACGAAUUGGUGUUCAAGACUUUUGGAUUGGUCGUGUUCAUCGUGGUGCCCCUCCCGUCAGAGACAAAAGCAGCAAAUACUAUGUCUCCUAUGAAAUGUACCAGUGGCCGGCUUAUCCUGACUAUACUGCAGGAGCCGCCUACGUGAUCUCUGGUGAUGUAGCUGCCAAAGUCUAUGAGGCAUCACAGACACUUAACUCUAGUCUUUACAUAGACGAUGUGUUCAUGGGCCUCUGUGCCAAUAAAAUAGGGAUAGUACCACAAUACCAUGUGUUUUUCUCCGGGGAAGGUAAAACUCCUUAUCAUCCCUGCAUCUAUGAAAAAAUGAUGACAUCUCAUGGGCAUGUAGAAGACCUUCAGGACCUUUGGAAGGAUGCCACAGACCCAAGAGUAAAAAUGAUUUCAAAAGGUUUCUUUGGUCAAAUAUACUGCAGAAUAAUUAAGAUAGUCCUCCUUUGCAAACUGACCUAUGUGGAUACGUAUCCGUGUAGGGCUGCCUUUGCCUAAUAGUACUUGAAUGUUGUAUGUUUUCACUGUCACUGAGCCAGACGUGGAUGAAAAACCUUUAAAUGUUUGUCUAUACCAUAAGUGAAAUGAAUAUGAAGAACAAAGAAAUAUUUUGAAGGUCCAGUCUAUCAGAAUGUUUCUUUGAUUCCAGAAGCCCUUCAAUAUAACUUGUCUACUUCAUUGCCUAAAUUCAUAUCAAGGAAUUUAUACUUAGACAAGGUUUAUGAAAACAAAGCUAAAGGGAAUUUCAUGUUCUCAGUACCACGUUGUAUAUUAGAGGUGUAGAGAAGUUAUUAAGGUGCCUAGGUGUUAGAAUAAGUGCUUUUGGAAAAUACCAAGUAAGUGUAUAGUACAACAUUUCAAAGAAAUGGAUAUAUUGUUAGACCAGGUAUACAAGUUUAUUUUGAUUAAAGAGCACUUGAUGGAGUUUGUGGGGGCAGGAGAGGAUUGGCAUAGAAGAAAGUACAUGAAUCUGGUAAAAGAAAGUUUCCUCUUCUUCAGAGGAGAUUUAGGAAAAUGUACACAAUUUCUUUAUAAACUGCCAAAUCACUUACUGUCACAUCCAUGUAGCUAUUUUACCUGCAUAGUGUUGGAGUCAUUUUAAAUACAUUCAUAUCUUUUUUUCAAAGUUUAAUGUGAAAUUUCAGAAGUCAUUAGCUCUGCCCUAACUAGUACUUUAUUAUGGUUCUUUUUGAUUAUUAGAAAAUGACACAAAACACGGACAGUGUCUUACUCAUGGGGUCCUUCUCUAGAGAGAAAUCAUUGUUAAUUCAAAUAAGCUGAUUUUAUUUUAAUGAAUUUUUCAACUGGUUUUUAAAUAUUCAAUAUGGGUCUGUUUUUAAGGCAGCUAUUUGAAUGUAGUUUACAUAGAGGAAUAUAAUAAUGAAGAAGAAUUCAAAAGGAAAGAUAGAACAUUAAAAGCCUCUUUUCUCCAUAAUUUAUAAAAUAAAAGUUUUAGUGUCUAAAUUGCAUUGAUGACUAAAAUUAGCCCACCCCUCUCCCACAGGGUCUCAUAAACCACAGUACUUUGUUCUGAGUUCAGCUUUUAAAACUGAGAGUAUUAAACAUCAAAUCGAAGCUGUAGCAUUUAAAAAAAAUCUACUCUUUCAUCACAACAACUGUCAGAGGUUAUCUUCAACUUAUAAAUAUUUCCAACUUCAAAGCAGAAUGAAAGUGAUAGAAAAGUCACCAGAAUGAGAUUUAAAGCAUUUGUAAAGCUGUAUGUUUCUUGCAAUCAAAGAGAUGUGGCUGAGUUCCAAUAGCGCGUUACAUUUAUUUUACAGAGCAGGAUAAAAAUGUGGGUAUGAUGCAAACAACCUCCCCUCACUACAGAAAGAACUAGGUGAUGCCUGUUGUUAGGGGGAUUAUAUGAAAGCCAAAACAGGGACUUCAGCAAAAGCAGUUGAACUGAUUAUAAACCCUUUGUCUGCAGAGGCUCCUGUUAGGGAAAACUAAGAUGUAUCACUUAAUAAGAUGUCUGAAACAUGCAAAAAAAAAAACUAAAAAGGAAUUCUCAGUAUACACAACUGAAUGAUGAUAUGUAUAAUUUGUUGCAGGUAGCUUUUCAAUGUUUACAGAAUUUUUUUUGUUAAUUUUUUUCUAUUUUGAAAAUUGAAGCUUGUUUACAUUGAUUGCUCAGAUAAUUAAAAAAUUUUAACUCAUGUCAAAACUAUGGUAUCAAACAUUCUAGUCUGUAGUUACUUUCAGAGUAGGUUCAGGGUUUUUAGAUCAUUACAGUUUAAAUUUUCUGACCAAUUUAAAAAACUGUAGAGAACAAAAGCACAUUUUGACAAAGCAGGUUUAUAAUUAAUUUUUAUUAGUUGAUCCUUUAAUAACCAUUUGCCUUUUGGCCAUAUAUGUGCCCUGUGUAUCUAUACUUGUAACUGUUUAAAUUUGCCAUUGGUUGAAAACAUCAGUGUCUCUCUGGCCAUCAAAAUGAUCUUGUUUACAGCAAUACUUUUGUGAAACAGUUAUUUAUUUGUGAAAGAGCUCCCCUCAAUUGUGCUCCUCUUUUUAUUUUUGCUUAAAAUAGAAUGAAACAGUUAAAUAUGAAGGAAAUAUGAAGGCACUUCCUUUUUUAAUAAGAAGGAAAUUGCUAGACUCUUCCUUCAUCAGAUUUAAAGUACUGAGAAGAAUAAUUGUAAAUAAAGGAUUCCAACCUUUUAAAAAGGAAGGAAAAAACUUUUUGGUGCUCCAGUGCAAGGCUGUCUUUUAAAAAUCAUCAAUAAAGGGAAAAUAAACUCUUAGCCUGGAUGGUCAAUUGAUAGUUAUACACAGUGUUAUUGCUAAAAACUUUUUACCUCUUGGUUGGUUUGCGUCUUUUUUCCAUAUUAUUAAUUUUAUACCAAAAUGUUAAAUAUUUAUAUUAUUUGAAUUUUGCUCUUAUAUGGCAAAAUAGAGGGUUUUUAAAAAUAAAUCUAUGAUUUCCA